AUGAGGCCAAAUUGGGAGUUAAAGAAAUGCUGUAACCACGAGCAAGUAGUCUUUCUUGUUACUGUUUCUGUUUGCACUGUUGUUAUUCUUGCGUUAUGGAGAACAGUACUGUUGAGACCAUUCAAACUUGUGACAGUAUUCAUUCAUGAAGCGAGCCAUGCCAUCGCUUGUAAACUAACCUGUGGCCAUGUUGAAGGAAUUCAGAUUCAUGCGGAUGAAGGUGGAACCACUCAAACACGUGGUGGCAUAUACUGGUUAAUCUUGCCUGCUGGAUAUCUCGGCUCAUCCUUCUGGGGAAUGGUUCUGAUACUUGCAUCAACAUAUCUUCUUACUGCCAGAAUAGCUGCAGGAUGUUUUAUUGCUGCUCUACUUGUUGUUCUCUUGGUAGCUAAAAAUUGGACUCUUCGAGGACUUUGCAUUGGAUUUGUUCUUUUCCUUGGAGUGGUCUGGGUCCUGCAAGAAACAACAAAAGUUCGUAUACUUCGGUACAUCAUUCUAUUCAUUGGUGUCAUGAACAGCCUGUUUUCAGUUUACGACAUAUAUGAUGAUCUGAUAUCUCGUAGAGUUCAUUCUAGCGAUGCAGAGAAAUUUGCAGAAGUAUGUCCUUGUCCAUGCAAUGGUGCAGGAUGGGGAUUCAUAUGGGGGUUGAUAUCUUUCUUGUUUCUUUGUGGAGCCAUGUACCUUGGUCUCGUGAUAUUGUCUUGA